UUCCGUUUUACUGUUCAUAAUGUUGAUCAGUGAACCGGGCCGCUAUGUUGAGAAUUAUUUGGGAUACAUACGAUACAUACGAAAGGAACAUGAAGUAAUGCAGACUGAUGCGUUCCUCACGGAAUCUUAUUUCCUGUUUUUUUCGUAAAAACAUUCAUCAUGAACAAGUCCAGGAAUCCUGAACGUUGGAUUUGUCAGAAUGUAUCGUAACUAUUUAAGGUUGCAAGUAUUGUUCUUGCAAAUUUGUACGAAGGUUCUGAGACAUGCCUUGGAAUAUUUUGCAAAUAAAGAAUCGGGAGGCGAUUUAAAAGAAUUCAAUUUUGCAGGUUUUAUUAAUACAAAGUUAGACAUAUUGAAAGAUUUACAGCAUCAAAAAGAUAUAACCAAUACUCAAGUGAAGGCGUUUAAACGAGGACAAAAUCAAGAAUGGGAUAUAUCUCUUUUAGCAGUAGUACUUCUAAAUAUGGUUCAAUUGGGGGCAAAAGAAAGAGCUGCCGUUGAAAGUAUUCGAAAAGAGAGAAACAGCAUUCAACAUUUAAAUAAUUGUGAAGUUAACGAUGAUUCCUAUAAGACUAUCAGGGACACGGUUUCUAAUCAAUUAAGAUUAUUGGCCUCAGUGGCAGGACCCGAUUUCAAGGCAGAAAUCGAGAUAGACUUGAAAACAGCAGAGCAGCUUGAUGCACCCGGGGAACCCUGGAUAACAGUAUUCAAGGAACAAUUAAAUGAAUCGAAAAUGAACUUAGAAGUUCUGCAAAGAUUGGAUUCAAUCGAUAUGAACUUGCAAUCUCUGAAAGAACAACGUAUUCCCGAGUCAGGUAGCUCAGUGCCAAACAAUCAAUGCAAUACUCGCAUAGAAAACAACAGCAGCAUAUUUAUAGAGACGUUGAUGGAAUCACCCACAUUCAAAAUAAGGCGGCCUUUAUUACAGCAAUCAGAGACAUUUUUGACGAACCAGAAAGUAGUCGUUUUAACUGGUCAUAAAAAGGAACUUGUGAUGUCUGUUCUUAAAUACAUUGUCAUUGGUUACCCAAAAGAAAUGAAAAAUGUUGCACUGGUGAAUACUACAAGCGAUUGGAGUUCUGUUUCGCCAGAAAACACGGGCCUGAUCAUUUUGAAAAAUAUCGCAGGACCUUGGGAAAAGAAAGAAUCAACUAAAAGACACAUGCUUGAUAAAUGGAUAAAUAUGUUUGACGAAAUACAUGCACGUGCAAAGGGCACUUCGAUGUCAGUUGCAAUAGUGUUGAAGAAAAGCCAUUUAAAUGAGAUUAAAUCCUUGUGUGAUCACAAACUUCUUCAGAAUGUGGUCGAAAUUGGAGUACGAGAUGCUGCACCCGAUCAAAGGCUAAUACAAUCUAGAAUUCCAUCAGCAGGAACCGAUCCUGAGAGUAUCUUCAAGGAGAAAGAUCAACGCAAAACAAAACUGAAGAUGGACAAAGACGACAUAAAUGCACCAACGAACCUUUGCAAACUUGUAACAAGUAAUACGACAUCACAUUCUUACAUUUCGUUCAUUUUAGUAUCAACUGCUCAAGACUACAUUAUAGUCCUCGAUGUAUGGAACUGGUCCAUUAAGUUGUUUGACACUGAGGAACACAAACUGCAUUCGGAAAUAAACUGCAAUUCAAAGAAUUGGAAAGAACCUUGGGCUGUAGCUGAAUUGCCAAAUGCACAACAAUUUGCCGUGACAUUUCCAAAAGACAACACGAUUAGGAUGUUUCGCUUAACAAAAGAGUACAGAUUUCCAGUCUUACGAAAUAUUCCUUCGGACACAAUCCAAACAGCAGCAGCAGACUGUCGUGGCAUUUGUAGUCUAGAAGGUUAUUUGGUAGUUUCCUUUGGAACAGCGGGAGACUGUUGUGAACAUGGUAUAAUACAAAUCCUUAAGCUUACAGGAGAAGUCUACCAACAAAUCGACCAUAAAGACGGGGAACCUCUUUUCAAUAAUCCUAAGUACUUGGAAAUGAGCACGGGAAAGAACCUUAUUCAUGUAAGUGACGAAGGCAAAAACAAGAUAAUCACGAUCGAUUUUGAGGGAAUUGUUUGGUCUGAAAUCGACAUUCAACGUCCAGGUUAUGUCGUUGCCGACCCUACGAAAGAUGAUUUAUUAAUUUGCUCCAAGGACAGCAGAAACCUGUUUCAAGCAUCGUGUGAAACAGACCAAUGUUUUGAAUUCGAAACACAGCAUAUGCAAGAGGAACCAAUUGCCUUGGCAUUUGACAGAGAUAAUCAGUGCCUGUUUGUCGCCUUUCGUGGAUCGCCAGAUGUACUGAAAUAUCCGAUUAAUAUUUAAAUGGCAAAGAAGAAACAUUGGCACUCUCAAUAAGACAAUAUUUAAAUGAGAUUAAUGUCAAUAAAACUGCUUUAUGACGCAAAUGAACGUUUAUAGUGUAAGACACUACAAUUAAUAUCAAAUAAACAUUCCAUGUCGUCGACCAUUUUCUAGCAGCAGUGGUUACUUAAUUGAAUACCUUAACUUUUUUUUGUGGUUCACUAUUCUUUUAAGUACGUAAUAGUAAGUGAAUGUAAUGCUACUGUUUUCCUGCAUUUUUUUCAUCUUUUUAUAUGUGUGUUUGUACCUGAUCUUAUGUAGUUGAAUGAAUAAAAGAGAGAGAAAACA